AUGGAGGGAGCGGAUAAGAAAGUUGUGACGUCUCCAUACGCUUUGUCUACAAAAGAUGAUCCAGAAAAUGUGAUCACGAAAGUUGUCUUCAAUAGAAGAAACUAUGAUGAAUGGGUGAGAAAAAUAAGAACCGGACUUCGAGCAAAGAAGAAGCUGGGUUUCGUGGAUGGUACGGUGAAGGUACCAGAAGAAGGAUCUAGCAUCACACAUCGUGAGAUAGCUAAAGAGUUGUGGGAUAGCAUCAAGGCGCGGUUCAACGCAAAAAGUGAAGUGAAAGUUCAACAAUUGAAAGAAGAAUUGAUGAACUGUAAGCAGAGUGAUCUGUCGUUGGAGACAUAUUAUGGGAAGCUACAUGUGGUUUGGGAAGAUCUCUCAAACUAUGAGUUCAAACCGGUGUGUAGCUGUGGAGGAUGCAAGUGUCAAGGAUGCGCGUGUGAUUUUCUGCGUCAACUGGAGAUGGCACGAGAAAAGGAGAAACUUCAUCAGUUCUGUCCUGGUUUGGGCGCGUCUCUCUAUGGGAAUGUGCGAACUGCUAUUGUUAACACUGAUCCUCUUCCGAGUGUUGAUCAUGCAUACGCAAUGGUGUGGCUUGAGAAGUAUGGAAAAGGAAGAGGAGGGAAGCCUUCUCAACAAGGAAACAAAGGGAGCUAUGGGAAGGGAGCAAGCGUCAAUGCGGUCUCUCAUGUAGCACCUACAAUCGAUGCUCAUGCAGUUACUGGUCUAUCAAAAGAACAGUGGGAUAAACUGGUGAAAAUGUUGGGCGAGAAAACAGAGGGAACACGUCUUAACGGUAAGAAGUGUAGAGAUGAUUGGAUAGUAGACAUUGGUGCCUCUCAUCAUAUGACAGGAUUGCUAGAUUGUCUGUUUGAUAUACAUAUGGUUGCUCCUUGUUUGGUUGGUUUACCAAAUGGGAAGCUGGUAAUGGCCGAUCAGGAAGGAAGUGUUCGUCUGACUGACACUUUGAAACUUCACAGUGUUCUUUAUGUGAAAGAGUUGAAGUGUAAUCUGAUUUCGGUUUCACAACUCAUCGAUGAGUUGAACUGUAUUGUCUUGUUCUCAAAGACGUGUUGUCUGAUGCAGGACCUCACGCUGAUGAUGCCGAUUGGAAUGGGUGAGAGAAGGGACGGCGUCUACUUUCUUCAAGGAGUGGAGUUGGUGAGAAGAGUGAAGAAAGUAGGUGCAAAGGAGUCGCUGGAGUUGUGGCAUAAGCGACUUGGGCAUGCAUAA